GGGAUGUUUGGUGAUGUGGCUCUCGCUCGCGGAUCCUGAGGAGCGGAUUGUUGAGAUAGAGUGAAGACGGCGGCUCGUGCACGCGGCGGACUCGCGCAGGCCAGUCAUGUUCAGCCGGCUGACCCAAGGGGUGACCUCCGUCCUGCAGGAGUUAUCUGGGGAGGAGCGGCCUGACGGCGAUCCACAGCAGGAUGGGCUGGUUCCUCAGCCACUGUCCGGUGGAGAGUCGUUCUCGGAGGGUCCGGGACCUUCAGAGGAGGUUCUGGAGAGACUGUCUCAGACCGAGCAGCUGGUGGUCCAGCUGAAAGAGCUAAUCAGGGAGAAGGACAGUCAGCUAGCCAGCGCUGAGAAACAGAUGAAGGAUGAAAAGGAACAGGGAGAGGCCAAAUUCACCAAACUGAAGCUGCAGGCCAAAGCUAAGAUGGCUGCUCUAAAUAAACAGAUCUCUGAGCUGAAAGGAAAGGAGGGCCUGAACACCAGCCAGACCCCUGACAGCUCGUUCACAGCGCCCCCUGAAGUGGAAGAGGAGCUCCUGCAGCUGAAGCAGAAGCUAAUUCAGGAGGAAUCAGCCAAUCAGAAUCUGCAGGAACAGUUGAGGGUAGCGGAACAGCAUCUGAUGGAGAAGGAGGAAGACCAUGCAGAACAGGUGCGAAUUUUGCAGGCGGUAGUUAAGGAUAAAGAUGUGCGGUUUCAGGAGCAGAUUCUAAAGCAUGAAGAAGAGCUUGUCCAGCUGUCCAGCCAGGCCUCAAAUGAAGGGGAACUACAGCAGGCUCUGCGAGCAUCACAGAGGCGGAUCGAGGAGCUGGAAGAAUCGCUGCGUUCUCGCUCUGAAGUUCUGGAGAUGUUACAGCAGGAGCUAAACAGCGCAGACCAGCAGAAACAGAUCUUGACCACUCAGUUCCGGGAGAUGGAGCUGGAGCUGACAGAAUCCCACAGGCUCAGAGAAGAGGACAGAAAGCAGCUGGUCAGUUCUGAGCAACAGCUGGAGACCCUCAGAGCCAGUCUGGAAGCUUUAGAGAAUGAACGAGAGCAGGCAGUCUCCUCUGUGGAAGCAGAACUGGUCAGGAGGAGCUCCGAGCUGGAGGAAGUGAGGGCAAGACUGGAGAGAGUGGAAAAGGAGCAGAGCGAGAGUGCGGAGAGCGAGAAGGAAGCAGAGGAGGGCAUCAAGGCUGGUAUGGAGGCUGAGCUGGCCAGCCUCAGAACGAGUUUGGAGGCUUCUGAGACACAGAGAGAGGAGGUGACCAGGACGCUGGAGGUGGAGGUGGAGAGGCGCGUAGCCGAGCUGAACCACCUACAGGAGAAGCUGGACACGGUGGAUAGAGAGAGGGAGGAGGCAUGGCAGGUCGAGAGGGAGGAGAUAACCCGUCUGCAGGUGGAGAUGAAAUCUAUGAGAGAACGUCUGGACGCUGGCAGAGAAGAGCAGGAAGCUGGAAUGAAGGCCAAGCAGGCUCUGGAGAAGCUGUGGAGAGGGCUUCACUCUUUGACUGGAAGUGAUGGAGAGGAAGAAGGGUCCAUUCCUGUGGACCCUGCACAGGUACUUCCUGUUUUAGAAGCCCGACUGGACCACCUGAGAGAAGAACUGCAGGAGAGAGAGGGUCGCAUGUCUCAGAUCACACUCACCCUGGAGACCCUGCAAGUACAACUAGAUAAAAGCACUGCAGAAGGAGAGGAGGCAGUCAGCAGGAUACAGCAACUAGAGCAACAACUCACCAGGCUACAGGUUCCCGAUGAGUCACUGGGUGAUCAGGUGACUGACCUGUCUGUGAGGGAUUUGGAUGGGGCAGACAGAGCUGAAGCUGUAGAUGACUACAGGUCAGGGGCUACAACACACAGUGAGAAAGUUCUGACUCUGGAGCAACAGCUGAUUGAGCGAGAGAGAGAACUUUCUGCUCUCAGGGAGAAGCUAGAAUCAGCUGAGCAGCAAGGCUUACAAAUUUCAACUGAAGGAAAUGCUGAAAACAUUAUGGGAGUAACUGACAGUCCUAAAGCACUACCUAGUCCUGAUGAUGAUGCUCCAGAGGAAGAGACAACAUUGAUUGCUAUAGAGACUUCCGGAAUGUCCACCUCUGUCUUGUCAUCAACUGCUGAGAAUGAGAGUAGUCCCGAGAUUAUUGGACCACAGCCAGAGUCUCCUGGAGAAUUGAAAGGAACGUCCUCAGAUGAGAUGGUAACCAGCAGUGAUUCAGAUGUUGCUCAUAGUAGUUGGACUCUUCUGGAGGCCAUUAAUCAAGAUGGAGGCCAAGAGUGGCCUCCACAGGUUCAAAAUCUUGAUGCACUCCAGCUUUCCACACAGUCUUGGGAGGAAACUACGGAAGAGCAGGUCACAUCAACAUGCUCUAUGGUUGCGGUAGAGUCCUCGUCUGUGGUUAUACGUGAAACAGUACAAGUACACAUUAGCCAGCAGGAGGCAAACUUGCUGAGUACAGAUUCAAGCUCUGGUCAGGCUUUUGCACAUGUCCUGGCUGAGGAGCUCCAGAAACGAUACAGUGAACUUCUGGCUGAACUUCAGCAGCUAAAAGAUACAGCAUCUGAAGGUGAGGAGAAAGUACACCUACUGGAGGAGGAGCUAAAGUCACUGACAGCCAUUAAGGAUGAGGCAGUGGCAAGGGCACAAAGGUAUGAACAAGACUUGAUGGAAGCGAAGGCAGAGCUUCAACAAGAGGCAGAUCACUUGACUUCUGAAAGAGAUCAACAGAGCAAUGCAACAAAGGUCCUUGAAAAAAAGAUCGAGGACUUGCAAAUGAAGACUUCCUCCAAAGAUCAGGAGAUCCAAACUCUGCAGGCAGAUCUGGAAGAACUCCAGCAAAAACUUGCUGAGAAAGAAGGCCAAGCCAGGAUGCUGGGUGCCCAUAUGGAGGAGAGAGAACAAGCUUCAUCUGAACUGGAGGAAAAGCUCAUUGAUUUGGAGGCAAAAAUUCAGCAAGUGUCUCAGGAGGCUGACUUUGCUAAAGCUGCUCUCAUUGACAAGGCGACAGAGGUAGAGGACUUGCAGGAGCGUCUUUCUAUGAAAGAGCAGGAGAUGAUGGACCUUAGUGAUACCAUGACGGCCAAACUGCUUCAAGCAGGUGAAGAGAAGUUUGCCAUAUCUAAUGAAGUCAAACAGCUAAAGGAGCAGAUGUUAGAACUUGAGAAAACUUGGGAUGAUCAGCAGAAAGUGAAGGCAGACAAAAUAGAUGAAGAAAAUGAGGUCAUUAAUUUACGCAAGGAGAAUGAAAGCUUGGCCUCUGAAAUAGCCACCAUGAAAAAGGAUGGUGAACAUGUAAGGCGAAAGUUGCAGGCAGCUUUGGUGCAGCGCAAGGAACUGCUGAAGAAGAUUGCAGGGUUUGAGAAGGCAGCAGAGGUUGGAAAACAAAAAGACAUGGUGGGAGAUAGUACCUCUUAUCAUACAGAGGAGAGCAAUCAACUGGAAGUACAGAAACUUGAAGCAUCACUGCAAGAAACCAGGCAGGUCUUAGUUUCUAAAGAAGAAUCUUUGACUAUUCUGGAGCAGAAAAUCUUGAAUCAAGAUCAAGCCCUGGCUGAGGCACAGGCUGAAAUCAAAAGAUUGAUUGAAGAAGCUCAAUCUGUGAGCCACAAAGAGCAACAAAUGCUGCAAGUUGAAGAUAAUAUUAGACUCCAGUCACAGGUUGCCAGCAUGGAGUCUGAGCUUGAAACAUUGCAGAGAAAACUCCAGGAAGCUGUUGAUUCCCGCAAAGACACCCUCCGCAAGGCAAAAGAGAAGGACCGGCACCACCGUGAACAGCUUAGGCAGCAGAAAGAGGAGUACAAUGACCUGCAACAACGUUUUGAAGCUGGAGAUGAAGAGAAAGCAGAGCUGCUAAACAGAUUGAAAGAUCUUGAAAGUCUUUUGGAUUCAAAAGAGCAACUGGACAAAGAAAAGCUUCUCAGUGUGAAAGAAGAACCUACAACUGCUUCAGAAAAUCUGGAAAAACCAGGGGCAGGCGAUUGGGUUCAGGAGGACUGGGUGGAUUUUGCUGCACCUGAGAGUGAAAAUAAACCACAGAGGGUACAUGCUGAGGAGGUAUUGCCUCUACAGGGUACACCUGAAGAUUACAGGGCUUCACUAAAUUCUCUUCAGGAAGAGUUAAAGGCUGAGCAAGCUGCCCGUGUGGAUCUGGAGAUACGUCUGCAAGAGAGUCAGGCCUCUCUGACAGUGAAGGAGAGUGUAUUCCUUGAGCUCAGUGAAGAAUUGAAUGCAUUGAGGGUAAAGGAGAAGCAAAUAGAUGCUCUUUCAGAAGAAUUGAACUAUCUGAGGGAAAAGUGCCAACAAGCAGAAGCCCAUGCAGAGGUGCUGAAAGCAGAAGUAGAGGAGGCUGCAGCUGUGGCUAGGGCAAGCAUGAGUAACGCAGAGUCUCCAGUUGCAACUCUUCAGCAAGAGGUGGAUGAGUUUAAACAGUUUUUACAAAGCAAAAAUGAUGAGAUUGUUGACCUGAGCCAGCAACUGAGUGAGCAGAGUGUCCUUCUACAGAAGAUGCAAGAGACUGUUUUGGAGAAAGACCACCAGAUUGCUUCCUUGAAAGAGGGACUGAAGGCUGAGCAAGAGAGGAGCCAAAAAAUGGAGUCAGAGAUCCCACAAAAGCAGGAGGAAGAUAAAGACAACAGUGCCAAACUACAGCAACUUCAGCGCAAGUUGCAGGCUGCUCUAGUAUCACGAAAAGAAGCUCUUAAAGAGAACCAAUCUCUGAAAGAAGAGCUCGCUGCUGUUGAGAAAAUGCGAUCAGAGCUCCGAUCAAAGCUUGAGAAUGGAGAGGCAGAGCUGAAUAAACUGAGAGCAGAGAAGGACAAGCUUAUUGAAGAGGUCGAUCGGGCCUUGCUGGAGAACCAAAGUCUUGGUGCCACCUGUGAGAGCCUUAAACUUGCCAUGGAUGGUCUUCUAAAUGAAAAAGACCAGUGCCAACGCCAGGCUGAGAGUGCCAAAGAAGAAGCCAAACUGGCAUAUAGGCAAAUGGAGGAAAAGGUGCAAGGCAUGAAGGAUGAGUAUGAAACCCUACUGAAGUCAUAUGAGAAUGUAAGUGAUGAGGCAGAGCGUGUUCGGAAAGUGCUUGAGGCUGCAAGACAAGAGAGGCAGGAGUCAGCCACCAAGGCAAGGGCUCAUGAGGCAGCCAAACUGGAGUCAGAAAGGUUAGCAGAGGAGGCUCAGAAGGAAGUUGAUUCUGUGAAAGACAAGAUGCGAAAGUUUGCCAAGGCAAAGCAGCAGAAGAUUAUGGAACUAGAGGAGGAAAAUGAGAAGCUCAGAGAACAAAUCGAGAAGAAGGAGAAGAAAGGCAACAAAGAAGAGGACCUGGUGUUGAAGCAACAGCUUGAAAAAGUCACAAGUGAUCUGGAAGCGUUAAAAGCCAAUUUUGACAUUGUGGACGCUAAACGGAAGUCCCUGGGACAGGAAUGCAAUGACCUGAAACAGAAUUUGGCUAAAGAAAUGGAAAGAAAGAGCAGUGAAACUUCUGGAGUUGUUGUUGAGGAAGAAGUGGUAGCACAGCAGUCAAGCCAUGUUUUCACUCAACACCAAGAAGAUUCAUCUAAUAGUCAGUCCCAAACAUCUCAUUUGGAGGAGGCCAUGGUGGUCAGAGAGGAAAGAGAGGAACAGCUAAAACAACUUGAAACAGCUCUGAAGGUCGCAGAGAACAAUCUGAAAGAACUCCUGGAAGCUCUUACAAAUGAAAAGGCAACAAGAGCUGAGCAGGAAUCGUUACUUAAUGUUGAGUUGUCGUCUCUAAAGCAUCACCUUCAAGAGUCCACAGAAAGAGAGGAAAACCUGAAAGAGGAAUGUAUAAAACGGGAAACCCAGCUUCAGGAGCUUCAUGCAAGGCUAGAAGCUGAAAAGGAUGACCUUGAGGAACAGCUCAUGAACCAGUUAGCCCAGGUCAAUGGCAGCAUUGCUGGUUAUCAGCAGGAGGCAGCUGACAGCAGGGAUCGUCUUGCGGACCUAAAACGAGAACUGGAGAAAACGGAGAGGGAGCGAGCCGAAUUAGAGGCUGCAGUAGCAAGUGAAAGGGACCGAGCAGCAAGACUUGAAGAAGAUAGAAGGCAGGCUCUUCGAGAAAGAGCUGAAGCUGAGGCAGAGGCUGGCAAACAGAGGGAGCUGGAGCAGAAGCUGAAGUCUGCACAGAGAGUCAAGGAGGGUAGCCAGAGCCGGGCUCGCCAACUUGAGGAACUUCUUAGGGAGAAGCAAUUGGAGGUCAGACAGAUGCAGAAAGACUGCAUCAAGUACCAGGAGAGGAUCAGUGAGCUGGACAAAGAAGUCAAGGCACUCUUGCUGGGCAAAGAUGAAGUGGGUGGUGAGCUUGAAACAGCUCGUCAGGAGAUAGCAAAUAUCUCAGAAGAGAGGAAGAAGCUUGAAUCAGAGGUGACAACAUUGAAAGCGAAGCUAGACAUGGCUCAGGGACAAGCUAGCCAGGCUCUUGCAGACAAAGCAGCCUCUGAACAAUUGGCACAAAAAUGUGAGGCUGAAUUGAAAGCGGAAGCCGAGCGUACCCUUGAUGAAGUAAGGUAUCGUUUGGGGGCCGAGCUAAAGCAGAUGGAACUGAGGCUGGAACAGGCCUACAGUGAUCGGGAACGGGAAGAGGAGGCAACUCUGGAAGCUAGGAAAGUUGCAGACAAAGCGGAUCGAUAUGCCCAGGAUAUGCAGGCACGCUUGGAUGAAUCGCUGGCACGACUGGCUGCCUUUUCACGUUCUAUGUCUUCCCUGCAAGAUGAUCGUGACAGAGUGCUGGACGAAGCUAAGCAGUGGGAGAAUCGUUUCCACAGCGCCCUCCAGGGGAAGGAGGCUGAAUUGCGAGAAGCUGAAAGCAGAGCUAAGGACUUAUCUGAACAACUUCAGAGAGAGAGCACGCAAAAAGAGAAACUACAGAGUUCACUUGAAAGGUUGGAGAAGGCAGAGCAACAAUGGCAGCUUGAGAUGAGUGAGGCAGAAAAGAAGCACAGUGAAUCUCUUGCUGCUCUGGAGAAAGAAAGAGCUGAAUUGCAAGAGAGACUGACUCAGACAGAAAGCUCCCUUGCUCAGACACGCUCCCAGUGUGACUCUCUGGAAGCAGAAACAGAAGGACUACGUCACAGAGCUAAAGCCCUGGAAGAAGCAGUAGGCAAACUUCAGGGUGAAGCCAACCAGGCAAGAGCUGAAAUCAAGGAGAGGGAAACUGAGGAGAGGAGGAUGUGUUUGAGUCUGGAGCAACUGGAAACAGAUUUGCGUUUAUGUAAGAAUCUUACAGAAAUACUUCAGGCUGAGCUGGCUGAGAAGGAGAAGAGGGAAGUGGAUCUCCUUGGAGAGAAAGAAGAAGCUGUGACUCAGGCUGUUGAGGAAGCCAGGAAGGAUGCAGACGGCAGGGCAGAGGAGGCAGAGAAGCAGCUGGAGGAGAGAAGAUCAGCCAUGCGAGAUCUUGAGGAGAGGCUUCAUAAAGCUCAAGAGGACGCCAGCCAUAGCAAGGCCCGACUGGACUCAUUCACCAAGGCUAUGGGAUCCCUGCAGGAUGAUCGGGACAGGGUGCUGGGCCAGUACAAACAGUUGGAGGAGCGACACCUACAGGUGAUGAUUGAGAAGGACAGCCUCAUUCAAGAGGCAGCUGCUGAGAAUAACGGCCUGAAGGAGGAGCUCCGUGGUCUUCUGGCUCAGCGGGACGACCUCCAUGCUGAAAACGCCAAGCUAGCUGCCCAGCUCCACGGCUACAGGGACGAGCUGAAGCAGGUUCUCACCAUGAAGGAAUCCCAGCAGAAGCAGCUGCUUUCUGCUCAGCUGGAACGCAUUAGUGUCUUAGAAAAGGAGAGGACCGAGUUCCAGGCCAGGAUUGAAGUUCUGGAAAAGGAGGCUUCGGUUAGAAAGGGGCCUGUGGUGGAGCGUGAGGUUCUGAGCCAGGCCGGACAAGGCAUGGUGCAUGAUGCUCCAGGUGCGGAGGUGGAGAAGCUGAGGGAGCAGCUUCAAGCAGCCAGGAAGCAAAUCAGCACCCUGGAGGAAACGUUGGAGUCUGAGCGGGAUGCCCAAGCAGCCCACAGCAAAGAGCUAAAGGAGCUACGCUGGGAAGGUGGCAUUCUACGGACCGAGACCGAAACGGCUGAGGAACGAGUAGCUGAACUGGCGAGAGACUUGGUGGAAAUGGAACAGAAGCUGCUGGCGGAGAGGGAAGAGGCAGUCCAGCUCAAAUCUCAGAACCAGGCCUUCGGUCAAGCCAUGGCCUCUCUACAGGACUCGAGGGAUCAAGCCAUCAGUGAAGCCAAAGAGCUCCGCCUCCACCUGGAAGAAAGCCAAAAGACAGGACACUCAGCAGCGCCCUCUAGCAGCUCCGUUGGGGAAGUGUGGAGCCUGAAAAAUGCACUUUCUGCUCUUCAGAAUGACAGGGAGAGAAUGGUGGAGCAGCUGCAGAUCCAGCGGGUUGAGCUGGACAGGCUGGGAUCGGGAGAGCUGGCCCGGCUCACUGAAACCCUGGAGAAGGAAAGGAGGAAAGCAGGAGAGACUGAGAAGAAGAUGAAGGAACAGUUGAAGGAGAGAGAUAACCAACUCAAGAGGGACACACAGGAGCUGGAGAACCUCAAGCUGGAGCGCAGUGACUGGCAGGCCCAGGCGGAGCUCCUGAAGCAGCAGACUCUGGCAUCGCUCUCAGAGCGUGACCAGCAGGUUCGCCAACUCAGCGCCAUGCUGGAAGAAGCCCGGGCAACUGGACCCAAACGGCUGCAGGAGCAUGCACACAGACAGGGAACAAUUAAAGUGGACAGUGCCCCCGGAGGACCCAUGGAGCACAGCGAGGACUAUAAGGCUGAGUGCUUUCUUCUCCAGAGAAGACUGGACGAGGAGGUGGAGCUGAGGCUGAGGGUGGAGGAGCAGCUCUCUGCAGCGAGAGAUCACCUCACACGGUUCACACAGGACGAGUGGCACUCAGGACUGCAGGGGAACACAUCUGAGACGUCUGUCCUCAUUGAACCACCAGAGGGCACUGUUACUCGAACCCGGAGUGGUGGUCCUGGUCUGCUGCGGAUUCUGAGAGGAGCUUUCUGUUCCCGUCAGCGAACCCCGCUACUAGUAUCUGUCUACCUACUGACUGUACACAUCCUGCUGCUGCUCUGUAUGGGAGGAUACCUGUAAAAAGAGAAGAGAGAGGGCAAGAAAAAGAGAGAGAGACAGAGACAGUAUGUGAAUGGGAGGCGAGUGUGUGAUGAUGUAUCUAUGGGGUUUUGAAAGAGAGAGGGAAGCUGAGUAUGUGUGUGUAAGUAUAUAUAGGUGUUUAUACUGCACACCUAUUUUUCAGUUUAGUAGCACCACCUACCUUGAUCCUACACUUUUUGGCCACUUUAUCAGACCACCGUAGGACUACCACUAACCAGAUAUUGUGGGGAUGGCUUUUUGCUCUAAUCCUUAAGGGACCAACUUUUAUGUGUUUGAUAUAUUGUAUUUUGUACAUUUAGUUCAGUUUAGUGACUACAUCCUGUCAUCAUUAACUACAUGGGCAAAGUCUCCCUAUACUCCAUACUGAUUUAUAGUUCUGCAAGCUGCUUUUUCAAGUGUUGUGCUGAAUUCUGUCUUCCUGCAAGAAUCUUUACUCCCUUCGGUUACUGAUGCCUUCUACAGCAGAAUGAGUAACAGAUACCCAUCAGAUUAAUUUUAUUUCUGUUUAUAUAAAAGGGUUAAUCUACAGUUACAGUAGAUACAGAAUCACCAGCAUAAUCUGUUGUACCCAUACUGCUGCACAGCUACAUGCCAAGGGGAGACAGAUUUUAAAACAACAGUGCUUCUUUUUCUUCUUCUAUUGGUUAAUGGGUGAUGUUAGCCUGCCUCAACUUCCUGUAAUUUAUUUGAACCAGGUCAGAACCGAUCAAGAAAGUGUUUUACACUGCAAACAAACUGGACCAUGGUUUAGUAGAUCUGGACAGAGACCACCACUUUUAGAGAAAGGAAGUUUUGGUUCUUUGUUCUGGACUGUGUGUCACUGCACCUUUUACCUAUUUUGAUUUAGACUGUGUCUGCAAUUGUACAUUUACAAAGUGUACCUGUUUCUAAUAAAGUGGCCAGUAGAUGUAGAUAUAAGGUAGGUGUGCUAACAACAUAGUCAAAGGGAGAGGCAGACAAAUAGCAGACAAUAACAGAUUUACUGACCAACAAACAUUUAGAUUUUUUUUUCUUUUAAAAUAAAUGUAUAAUUUGUUUCUUUAUUCUGCUAUUUUGCCAAAGUCUUGUUCACACAGUUUCUUCAUAAGGCCAUAAUAGUCACUGCCAACAUCAGCUGUACCCAGCCUAACAAAAAAAAAAAAACACCCAACUGCACUACAUCAGAGCAACCACAAGGGUGUGCUAGUGACUAAAGGGAAAGCUACCCAGCUUUAAAAGGUUAUUAUACUAUAAAUGUGGAAUAAAUUUCAUAUUUUCAAUUUAUUUUAGUUUAUUUAAGUCAGAUGAUGUCUUAAUGUGAUGUAAAAGUAGAUCUAAAUGAGAUUUUAACCAAUCCCAGCUAAUCAUGGGUCUUUUUCUGCAUUAAAAAAGCAAAUUAAAUCUAAUAAACUGUAUUAAUGAUUAAUUAACAGUACUGUGCAAAAGUCUUGGCCACUUUUAAAACUCUAUCCCUGCAAUAAGUGUAUUAGCUUAUACACGAACAUGCCAGAAGCCAUUAUUAGGAAUGGUAAUCAGAGGGCAUUACGUGACACAAUAUCAGGAUAAAUUGCCUGUGAUAAUGUUAAGAUCACGAUACUGUGAUUCUGUGAUACUUCACGGCAUCUGUGUUACUGAAGAGGUUAAAAUACUUCUAAAAUGUACAUACUGGGAAGUAUGGAUUUAUUGGUGUCAGUUUUACAAAACUUCACAACCAAUAUUCUUCUCUGCAGGUUUACCCUAUUCAUUUAAUUAGCGCCACCACGUGGAGCAAUGAAGCAGUAACUGUAGUAAGUCUAAAUUGGGUGGCGAGUCUUAGAGAGCUAUUGGAUGUCAUGUAUCAAUAAUGUAUCACAAAUUAAAAUUAUACGAUAUUUCAAAAAUGUAUAUUUUGUCCCACACCUGACCAAUCCUCAUUAUCACGACUGUUUUACAGCGGACUUAUCCGCUAACCUGGUGCAAUACCGUCAUACUAUAAGUGUGUGUGUGUGUGUGUGUGUGUGUGUGUGUAGAUCCUUCUGAGAUGAAGAAUAUCUUAGUUGUUACUCUUUCUGUAACGCUGUAACUCACUACAGCUGAUGCACAUUCCAGUAAGUGGGCUUAGUUUCUGGUUCUGCUAUGAAAACGGACUUUUGGGUCAGAUCUGUGAUUUCUGUAAUAAUGUUAAUAUUGUAAACACUAAUGACUGAGUUACUGUGUUCAGCUUAUUCUAAUGCUGAUCUUCUCCUCCUCCCUCUGCUGCUGAGUGUGCUGGGUCUGGUCUGGUCUGGUCUGGUGUGGAUGUGGGCGUGGUUAAUGAUGAAGAGAUGAUAAGCACAGCCUGCUGUGGGCUUCCUGUUCUAUUCUACCUGUAUAAUCAAUGUAAAUGACACCUGUUCUCCUCUGUGUUUCUUUGUAAGGGAUAUUUUUUGGAAAUAAAGUUUAUUUAAGGGAA